CUUCCAGACUUCCAGACUCCCUCGCUUUCCAUAACAGCCGCCGACGCCCUCCACCUGCCGGACUUUAGCUGCCUAGUUCCACAGACGUCGACGUUGCAGUUGCCGUCGCCGCCGCCGCCGCCGCCACCCACUUAUCUUCUUCUCUCUCUCUGCUGCAACCACACGUCAGCACGCUAGUCGAAACAAGUAUUUCGGUUUCGUUUGAUUGUGUUCUAAUUCUCGUGGCUUGAACCUCGCCCUAUUCCCAGGCCCCACUGUGGCAGUAGGAUCUCAGUAGGGUUUGGGUAAUAAUCAUGGGGAUGGAAUUGGAAAAUGGCCAAGCUCAGUUCCAGGAUAUGGAGGGCGUUAACUUCACAGAUUCUCAGUUAGUUGAUUUCAUCAGGGGGUUUCUUGGUUCAGUGUCACUGGGAAAUACUGAUGGAUAUAACCAGCUUGUUGGUGUUAUACACCAUAGGGAACGACUAUCCCCUGAUGAGGUUGCCUUGCUCGUGACAUGUUUGAAGGCACUAUGUGGAGCAGUUUCUUUUAUAGACAACGCUCUCCAUGAAUCUUUGCUUGCAGGAAUUUUUAAAAUGAGCUUAUGGGAUUAUGGACCUAACGUGAUGGAUGCCCUGGUUGAACUUAUAACAUCCCUGGCUGUUUCAAGUGGAAAAUAUGUGGAUUCAUGCUUGGAUAUGCUUGUUAAUAAUUUCAUGCCGCCCCAUUACUACAAGGAUUUACUGAAGAAACCACAUGGUCUUAUCAGAAAGGAUGAAGUUUUUUCUCGAGUGCACACAGCUUUAAAAGACAUCUCGGACUUGGUGCCUCUUGCACCCUUGAGAUUAGAGCAAAUAGUUGUCAAUAAAAUGCAGAGAGUCUUUUUCAAAGAAUCUUUGACCUCAGUAUAUGUGGAGAACAUGUUGAGGUUGGAAAAAGGUUCAUUGAGCGAAUUUGUUGGGAGAAAGAUCUUAACAGCGCUGGUAGAUAAGCUUUUAGAUUUGGAUGUGGAGAUUGGGUGGGAUGAUAUCUUACAAGAUGAUUUCAGUAAAGGAAUCUUUGAGAUUGAACUCGAAGAUGAUGAUGAAAUUACCGAUGAUAUUAAUGAGGAUUUUAUUGAGCUUCCUAGCGAACUAAGUCGUAAGAGCUUAACUGGAAAUGUGAUUGCUGAAACUUUAGAUAGUUUGAUCGUUCUAACAUUUGAACAUCUUGAAUCAUGUGAACGUGAUGGACGAUUGAAUGAGGUUUUUGAAAUUUUACUCCUAUCUUUUCAAAGAACUGUUCUGACUGCUUACAAGUCUAAAUUCGCCCAGUUUGUCAUAUUCUAUGCUUGUGCAUUAGAUCCUGAAGUUUGUGGUGCAAGAUUUGCCGUUACGCUAGCAGAUAUGUUUAUUUCAUGCAAUGAUCCUCCACUUACCAGGAUGAGUGCUGUUUCAUAUCUUGCGAGCUAUUUGUCUCGUGGGAAGUUUCUGUCAACCUCUUUGGUUACCACUAUAUUGAAAAGACUGGUGGAUUGGUGUUUAGAGUAUGGCAAAACGCAGCAUGUUGACCUAAACCCAAAGGCUCAUAAAGUAUUUUAUUCUGGUUGCCAGGCCAUAAUGUAUGUGCUUUGCUUCCGGAUGAGAUCGAUUUUGGAGAUUCCACGGCUUAAGUCACAACUUCUGCUUAUGCCUAUAGGUCCAAUCUUGACACACAGAUUGGGCCCACUGAAGGUUUGCCUACCUUCUAUUGUCGAGGAAUUUCUUCGGAAAGCAAAUGAUGCCAAUUUAUUCACACCAUCAGAGACUUUUAUAUUCAAUGGUUUACUGGAGUCUGAAUAUUCAAAGACUUUUGGUGGAAUGGAAAGGCUUGACAUGUUUUUCCCAUUUGAUCCUUGCCUAUUGAAAAGAUGUGACAGAUAUCUUCGACCAUAUUUUGUGUAUUGGUCGAUGGUUAGACCUUCAUACGAUGAAGAAGAAGACGACGACGACGACGAAGGUAGCAGUGACGAAGAUGUUGCUGAAGUUUUUCCAGAUAGAAUCGAGGAAAACCUUAUGGACGGCGAAGCAAUGGCAAGAAGCUACGAUGAUAGGGAAUUCGAUCUCGAUGAAUUUGAUUCUGCAUUAAACAAAAUGUCCAUCACACCAAGAAAUUCUAUUCUGUACAGGCGAGAUUCGGUUCAAAUGCCCUCACGAAUCCUACCCUCCACAAGUCCAGGAUCAUUGUGGUAAGCAAGAAUCUCAUUUGGAAUAAAUAUAGGUAUGUGGAAUGCAAAUGAGAAUGGCUUGGCUUGGCUGAAUGCAAAUCUAGGUUGGGUUAUUGGGGUUCGUGUUUAUUUUAUAAAAUGUGUAUGAUAGGGCGAGUGAUGUUGGGGUUCAGUUUUGUUUUCUCAGUCCUUUUUCUAGCUUUGCAUCGCUUUUAUGAGUAGUAAUUAAUUGCCCUUGCUUUUCUUUACGCUCCACGCUUGUAAUAGCUGUGCAGCAAGUCAUCAAAUACAGCUAUCAUUUUGUUCAUGUC